AUGGCCGCCGUCGCAGAAAUUGACGCCGAGAUUCAAGCGCAAUCCACCAACGAGGUCAAGCUCUUCAACCGCUGGAGCUUUGAUGACGUCUCGGUCACAGACAUCAGUCUUGUUGACUACAUUGGUGUCCAGCCAGCGAAGCACGCAACCUUUGUUCCCCACACUGCUGGAAGAUACUCAGUGAAGAGGUUCAGGAAGGCUCAGUGCCCAAUCGUCGAGAGGCUCACGAACUCUCUCAUGAUGCACGGAAGGAACAACGGUAAGAAGCUGAUGGCUGUGGGAAUCAUCAAGCACGCCAUGGAGAUCAUCCAUCUCUUGAGUGACCAGAACCCAAUUCAGGUCAUCAUUGACGCCAUUGUCAACAGUGGUCCACGUGAGGAUGCUACCAGGAUUGGAUCUGCUGGUGUGGUUAGGAGGCAGGCCGUUGAUAUCUCUCCUCUGAGACGUGUGAACCAGGCCAUCUUCUUGCUCACCACUGGUGCACGUGAAGCUGCCUUCAGAAACAUCAAGACUAUUGCUGAGUGUCUUGCUGACGAGCUCAUCAAUGCUGCCAAGGGAUCUUCCAACAGCUAUGCCAUCAAGAAGAAAGAUGAGAUUGAGAGAGUUGCCAAGGCCAAUCGUUAA